AUGAGUAAUUAAAAUGGAAGACUCGAUGCAUUCAAAGGAAUAAUUUGAUCAUGAUAUCUUUGGCUUCUCUUCAAUUUUUAAAAAAAGCUCAUUAUUUUUCAACCAAAUCUCUUAUCCGCACCAUGCCCUCCUCCACGUGCAUGCAAAUCCUUGAAGAUUGCAUUCUCUUCAAAAACCUUCCUUUGGGUUCCCAAAUCCACUCCAAGAUCAUGGUCUCCGGAUUCGCAUACGAUUCGUUCCUCUCCACCAAACUCAUCACUCUCUACUCUCUUUGCGGUGAUCUCUCGACUGCAUUAACAAUCUUUGAACUCUUCCCAACCUGUAAUGUUUUUCUACUUAAUUCCAUGAUCAGGGGUUACUCGUCGAAUGGCUUAUACCCGGAAGCUAUUAGCCUGUUUCAUAGAAAGCGGAUAGAAGGUCUCUUGCCUGAUUCUUAUACAUUUUCUUGCGUUUUGAAGGCAUGCGCUUUGUUGCUGGACCUUCGCCAAGGUGAGCACCUGCAUCAGCUUGCUGUUGAAAGUGGUUAUGAUGCAGAUACGUUUGUUUCGAACUCUUUGAUUUUUAUGUAUGCGAAGUGUAGCAGUUUGGAAGAAGCCGUGCGUGUGUUCGACAGAAUGCCCCAAAGAGAUGUUGUUUCAUGGAACUCAAUCAUUUCAGCCUACGCAUUGAAUGGUUUUGAUUUAGAUGCUGUAGAAACGUUAAGCGAGAUGAUUGGAAAUGGAUUGAAGCCAGAUCAAGUGACAAUUAUCAGCAUCCUUACCUUUUGUUCUACUAUUGAUAUAGUUGUUCGAGAAAUUCAUGGCUUCGUACUUAGAAAUGGAGUCGAGACUGCUGCUCUCAUGAUUCAGAAUGCUCUGAUUUCUGCUUAUGGAAAGUGCGGUAUGACUGAUGGUGCUCAGAGGAUUUUCAAUGGUUUGGUUUGGAAGGAUAAAGUCACUUGGAAUGCAUUGAUUGCUUCUUUUGCUCAGAAUGGCUUGUUUGAAGAAAGCUUGCAGCUUCUGAGGCACAUGAAAGUCUGUAGAUUGGAUUUGGAUGUUGUUACUUAUAGUGGGAUAAUCUCUUCCUUAACACAAACCAGUCUAUCCAAUGAAGCAAUGGUGGUGUUUCAUGAGUUGUUGAAUGCUGGAUUAAAGCCUGAUGUUGUCGCCAUCGCAAGUGUUCUUCCUUCGAUUUCUGGCUUAGAUUACUGUAAACAAACCCAUGGAUACUCAUUCAGGCAUGGCCUUGAGCCAGACAGAAGGGUUAGGAAUGCUCUUGUUUCAGUCUACAGCAAGUGCGGUUCAAUUGAAUAUGCCAAACAAGUAUUUGAAGCAAUCAAAGACAGAGAUGUGAUAUCAUGGAGCUCAAUGGUUGUGGGAUACUCACAAAACCUCUAUUUUGUUGAAUCACUUGAAACAUUUAGGGAGAUGAUGUUAGCUAAAAUGGAACCAAAUCCGGUUACAAUCACUAGUGCAUUGUCUGCUUGUGCUGGAGCUUCUGGAUUGAGGCUAGGAAAGGAGCUUCAUUUAUGGGCAAUUAAGAAUUCAUUUGAAGGUCAAGCUUUUGUGGGGAGUGCUUUGAUUGAUAUGUAUGCUAAAUGUGGGAGAAUUAAAAACUCUAGAACAGUGUUUGAUUUGAUGAAUGACAGGAACUUAGUCAGUUGGAACUCAAUGAUAGGAGGUUAUGCAAUCCAUGGGCUAGCUCACAGUGCUCUUGAAAUCUUCGAAAUGGUCACAAAACCAGAUGAUGUAAGCUUCAUUGCAGCGCUCUCAGCAUGUAGCCAUGGAGGACUGGUUGAGGAAGGGAUUGCAAUUUUUAGCAGAAUGAAGGAAUUCAAAUUGACUCCAAGAGAAAGCCACUAUGCGUGUAUGGUUGAUUUGUUAGCGCGCUCCGGAAGGAUAGAACAAGCUCUCGCCUUAGUAAGGACAAUAAUGCCGGCACAAGCCAGUGUUGAAAUCUGGGGAGUUUUGCUUGGGGCUUGCAAGGUGCACUCUAAUUUCGAGAUUGGAGUCUAUACCGGGGAGCAUAUAAUUGAAUCCGGGAGUGCGAAUUCUGGAUAUUAUGUGCUAUUUUCGAAUGUAUUGGCGAAUUUUGGGAGGUGGGGAGAUGUCGAGAAGAUGAGGAGGAGAAUGAAGGAGAAGGGAGUGAGGAAAGGUAGUGGGUUUAGCUGGAUAGAAGUGAACAAAAGAGUACAUUCUUUUGUUGCAAAGGACAGAACGCAUCAUCCAGAGUGGGAGAGUUUGUUCAAGGUGUUAAAAUUCUUGGGUGAGCAAAUGAAAGGAAUGUAUUGUUAGAAGCUUUGUAUAUAUUUUUGCUAUUGUUCGUUCUUGAAGGCAUAGAGAAGUACUGAGUAAUUUGUGUACCAACUUGAGAAAAGUACUGUUUUUUAAAGGGAAGCAAAAUGCAAUAUGCAGUGCUGUGGAAUACACAAGUUGCACCUGAUUGAAAUCAGCUAAAGAUGUCUCUGCCUAGGCUUCAAGAGUUGAACCGCCCUUUGCCAACUCCAUCCCACCAAUGUGUGCAUUGGCCAAGGCUCGGAUGUUCAAAGUGGUUCGUUGUACCAUCAGUGUGGUUGGCUUAAACAACAAGAGAGGUAGAUAAAAGCUUUGAUUAAAAGUGCUUUCCCUGAGAUUAAAAUCUGCUGCCAGCCAUUAGUUAGGAAUCACAAGUCUGGACCUCGAGUGAUCCAUUGUAUGAAAUAUUUUAUUUGUAGAUAUUUUAAAAGUAAA